CCAGUCACGAAAGCAAAAUCAGCUGUUUGUAAACAAAAUACUAGAAUUAGAUGUGAAAUUAUCAUAGUGAAAUAUGAAUUGUCAACACCUACUUCGCCGAGCAGUUCUUUCCAGAUCAUAUUCCGUUAAGUUAAAAAACAGCUUAAGGUUGAAGUCACAUGUUGCAACAAAUGUGAAGGUAACAGGAACUUUUGUAGAUGAAGUGAAGAAAAUUGUGGGAAGAUCCAAUGUAUCGACAGCAGAUGCUGUACGGGAACAGCAUGGGCAUGAUGAGUCAUAUCAUGGAGUGGAGCCUCCAGAUGUUGUUGCAUUUGCUGAGUCUGUAGAGCAUGUUAGCCGAGUUGCACAACUCUGUAAUGAUAAUGGAGUUCCUCUGAUACCAUUUGGCAGUGGUACAGGACUCGAGGGCGGAGUUAAUGCACUACAGGGUGGACUCUGUCUUGAUGUUACCAAAAUGAAUAACAUCCUUUCUGUAAAUGCGGAAGACUUUGACUGCUGUGUGGAAUCUGGAGUAACCAGAGUGACGUUGAAUAAUUAUCUACGUGACACAGGACUCUGGUUUCCUAUAGAUCCAGGAGCCGAUGCAAGUUUGUGCGGUAUGUGUGCAACUAGUGCGUCUGGUACAAACGCCGUACGUUACGGUACGAUGAGGGAAAACACGCUCAAUAUGGAAGUGGUACUAGCUGAUGGAAGGGUGAUUAACACUGCUGGGCCCGGUAGACGUACUAAAAAAACAUCUGCUGGUUAUAAUUUGACAAAUCUGUUUGUUGGGUCAGAGGGAACUCUGGGUAUUAUCACCAAGACAACACUGAGGCUUCAUGGGAUACCAGAAGCUACAGUAUCAGCCACAUGCCACUUUCCUGAUGUCCAGUCAGCUGUUGAUACUACAGUACAGGUGUUGCAGUGUGGUAUACCAAUGGCCAGGAUUGAGUUUCUAGAUGAAGUUUCGAUUGAUGCUUGUAACAAAUACAGUCAUCUGGAACUACCUGUGGCUCCGUCCUUGUUUCUUGAGUUCCAUGGAGCAGAGUCCGCUCUUAAAGGACAAACAGAAGUUGUGGAGGAGUUGGUCAGCAUGAAUAAUGGGUCUGACUUCAAGUGGGCAACAGAUCCGGAUGAGAGGAAUCACUUAUGGAAAGCCAGACAUGACAUACUGUAUGCAUGUAUGGCACUGAAGCCAGGAUCCAAGCCAUAUUCUACUGAUGUAUGUGUACCUGUUUCAAACCUUCCAGAAGUGGUUGUCAAAACCAAAGAAAUGAUAAAAGAGGCAGGAAUCAUAGAUGGGUUCAUAUUAGGGCAUGUGGGUGAUGGAAAUUUCCACACAUUGUUUACAUUUGACCCAAAUAAACCCAGAGAACUGGAAUUUGUCAAACAAACAGCUGAGAAAAUUGCACUAAUUGCCCUGGAUUUGAAUGGUACCUGCACAGGGGAACAUGGGAUAGGGAUUGGAAAAAGGGAACUACUGAUCAGAGAGAUAGGAGAAGAAGGGCUUCAGGUCAUGAAACAAAUCAAGGCAAGCUUAGACCCAAACGGAAUCAUGAAUCCGGGAAAAGUGUUCUUCUAGAUGGAGGUCGAAUAAGGAGAGGACAGCUAUUAGGCUAGGCAAACUAGUUGCAAUUAUAAAUCUCUGUUGAGCUAGAGUCUUGCCAACUCAAAGUAUAGCUGACUUUUAUCUUCAACUACAACAAAUGUACAUAUCUGCGGAAUGAAUCAGAAUUCAUAAUUUAUGUAUUUGAGUACCCAGAAUUUUACAUUUUUACAACAUAUUUAAAGUUAAAAACACAAUCAUGUAAAACAAGCAACAUUUUCUAGUGUUUUGAAUACAGAUUUGAAAUACACCAACUUGCGUAUGCAGAUGAUUUCCAGAAAUAGCUGCGCAGGGUAGCAUAUUACAUUAAGUAAUUUUGUUAAAGAUAAUUACUUUAUGCAGAUGUUGUAUUUGAUAAAGUUAUACUGUUUUUGCUCUGAGAUUUGAUAUUUCAUUAAGUAAUGUCUAGGUGCUAAUUAUAUCAUACUGAUUUGGUUGAAGUCUCAUUGCAUAGCAGUUCAACCUUUACCUUGCUAAAUUUCUAAAAUGGACUGGUCCAUCAUUCAAUUUUGGCAGCUUCACUUACUAUUCAAAGGGGUGUUCACUGAAAAUUAAUUGACUGAAUAGCGAACAGUGCAGACCAUGAUCAGCCUGCAUGGAUGUGCAGGCUGAUCUUGGUCUGCACUGGUCGCAAAGGCAAAAUCACUUGCCGCCAGCAGACAAAAGGUUAAUAGUCUUGUUAUUAGGAAAGUUUCUCAAAGUAGUGCUAUUUUAUAUACUAUUUAUUCAGGAAGCAAAAUGUUCUAGCUUUAGGUAUUACAUUAUUCAGAGAAUCUUGUAUUAAACCCCAUCUACAUGAAUCCAAUGUUUUUGAACAUUUGCCUAAGAUAAGCCAGAGUUAUGACUAGUUCAAUACAAUUUAAUUACCAGUUUCAAUUUCCUUCAUUUGGAAACAGUCACUAAUUAAACAAAACACAAAAAAUAUGUUUGGAAAUUUCAUCAUCAAAUUCCUUUAUUUUUAAUUUUGGGUCACCUCUUUCCAUAAUGAUAUAUUUGAAAAAUGGAUUUUAUGAAAUAUUUACAUAAUUUGCAGUUAAAAGUGAUAUAUGGGAAAAAAAGCAUGAUUCCUUAUUGGCAGAAAGUCUCUAUUUCUGCAAUAUUAAACCACAGCUCCAUAUAAUUAUAUUAACCAGAGUUUCAAUUUUUUACUUUAGCUAUAUUUUCAAAUAUAUUUAUAUAUAAUUAUAUUCCUAUCAAUGCUCUAAACUACACAAUCGGGGGGAAAAUAGGACUGGUUCUAUCUCCGUCUAAGAGAGUAUUCCAUUAGAUGUGACACAAGUAAUGAUAAAAAAAAAAAAUCCAAUGUUGCUGUUAACACUAAAUCCAUGAACAUGUCAUACCACUAGCAUAUCUUAACUACAUACUCAAGGACAUUGGACUGAUGUAGACGAUUGUUUUAUAGUCUAUUUUAAUAUUUUUUGCCUGUGCCUUUGAAUCUUAGUAAAAAAUGUUUCAGGGAUGACAUUUAGCUGAUAAAUAGAAUCUUCAUUUCAUUACAGUAUGAAUAAAUAUUUAUUAAUUUUUGGUACAGAAGUAAAAAACAAUGCACCGUUAAUGUAUUUGCUAAGCUUGAGCUGUGUUGAUUUUAGUUCGUGGACCCGUAAUGACACUCGGCAAAUUACGUAUGACUAGGUUCUCAUGUUACAUUCUACGGACAUUCUAUGGACGUAAAUGUAGCUGAAUGUGCACCUGAUUUUCUGUAAAAAAAACAAAAAAAAAACACGGAAAAUGCGGAAAUUGGAUACGGAGAAAACGUAAUUCGCUGAUUUUCAUCAUAGGUCCACUACCUUAAAUGAGCCGUGCCAUGAGAAAACCAACAUAGUGGGUUUGCGACCAGCAUGGAUCCAUACCAGCCUGCGCAUCUGCGCAGUCUGGUCAGGAUCCAUGCUGUUUGCUUUCAAAGCCUAUUGCAAUUAGAGAAACCGUUAGCGAACAGCAUGGAUCCUGACCAGACUGCGCGGAUGCGCAGGCUGGUCUGGAUCCAUGCUGGUCGCAAAGCCACUAUGUUGGUUUUCUCAUGGCGCGGCUCAAAUAUUGUUUUGUAAUGAAUUAUUUACUGUGUUUGAUUAUUUCUAACAAAAAGAUAUUAAUGACUGACAUUUAAAGUUGGAAUAUGAUACCUCAUCUAAAUAGUUUAUACCUGGUUUCCUCUUAUAGACUGUGUUAUGAAAUAUACUUGUCUCUGUCACCGCAGAUAAAAGAGGUGUCAUAUAAAAUAUGAAACUAGAUCUUAUAUAUUGUAUAGUGAGAUACACCUACAAAAAACUGAGUUAUGCGGUGAUAUAUGGGGGCGAAGAAAUGAUUUAUAGUGGUAAUAUUUCUUUAUCAUGCGUCAGUAAAAUUAAUGUCUUUUUAAAUUAUUAAUUUUUCUGUGAGAUAUUGAGGGAACAUUUUUAUUUUAUUUGACUUAAGCUUUUGCAGAUUUUGAGUACAUUUACUGAAGAACAUUAGUGAUAUGUAACACACUGAUUUUUUAGUAUUCACUAAGUACAACAGUAUUAUAAAAAAUUUUAAGCAUGUCAUGAGAAAACUGCCCUUUAUAGAUUUACAUCAAUGUCUUACAAUUGAAUAAAAUACAUUUAGAUAGAUCAGAAUGCAAGAAUGUUUUCCUCAGUGAUGUAAAAGUUGGAAACUAACAGGAAUUAUCAUGUCAUAUGAAUUUUAUUUGAAAUAUUUGAAUUUCUUUUUACAUAAAAUGACGAUGUAGAUUGGCCAUUAGUCUCUCAACAAUUACAUUUUGAUGGAAUAAUGUAAUCAGAAGUCAAGUUUUUAUAUCCGCCCCCACUCACACUUUGUUUGUAUGGUCUAUAUAGGAAACGGCUUAGUCUGUCCUGUCCCAUCCUUAAGUGUUUUCCUUUAGAUAUCUCUGGAAUGAGUACAGGUACUAUUUUGAAACUUAAAACAUGUUUUAAGGACUGUAACACAAGUUGUUAUACCAGGUCCUGUUACUCUUGACUAUUGUUUUGAUGAAAUUAUUUCCUGUCUUUCAGUUGUAAGAUAACCCAAAAUAUGUGAAACCAAUACAGACAUUAUUUUUAAACUUGAAAUAUAUAAUUGAACUGCACUAUGAGAAAACCAACAUAAUUCAUUUGCGACCAUCAUGGAUCCAGACCAGCCUGUCAUCCGUGCAGUCUGGUCAGGAUCCAUGUUGUUCGCUUUCAAAGCCUAUUGCAAUUAGAGAAACAGUUAGCGAACAGCAUGGAUCCUGACCAGACCGUGUGGAUGUGCAGGCUGGUCUGGAUCCAUGCUGGUCGCAAAUGCACUAUGUUGGUUUUCUCAUGGUGCGGCUCAUAUUUAAAAGGGGAAGAAAGAAAACAGCUAGUAUAGCUCAGUUCCAGAUCCAGUUACUCGGACUGUUUUGAUAAAGCUAUUUCCCUUUCUACUUAGAAAAUAUACCAGAAUUGACAUUCUUUUCAGUAUUUCUGAAACCUGUACAUGCAUUGGACUGUAAUUUC